AACAACCAGCAAAUAGCUACCAAAUCUAACGGAAACAAAUUUUACCAUUGGCGCCUUGCGCAAAUCACCUCGUGACAUCAACUCAGUGAGUCAACAUCACCGAGCUUGAAUCAUCAUCUCCCACCAAUCCCUUUUUGUUUACAACCCCAAUGGCCCAAAACACAGAGCCAUGCUCUUCCCCUUGCUCACCAAAGCCCUAACUCGCAAACCCACCUCUCAUUUCAAUCGAAUCUUCUCCACCAUGUCUAUUAAACUCAAUUACCAUGUUUUUGCAGGCAACCCAAUCAACAAACCCCACACUUCCAAGCAAAACGACACCGUUUCACCCUCCGCUGCUUUUCAAUCGCUGAAAUCUCGGAUUUUGAGCAAUACCCAUGAUUUGGGUGUGAGUUUCGAGGUGCUUCCGUUUAGAAAGGGGAGGCCUUUAGCUGGGUCGGUUGGGGAUGAUUUGAACACUCAGAAUUGGCAUCUGGGGUGGUUAAAUUUGAGUGAUUUUAGGGGGUUCUUGGAUGAAUCUUGGGGUAAUUUUACGGAGAAUGAGUUUGUGUAUCUGGGGUCGAAACCCGAAAAUGAUGUGGUGUAUUGGGCUGUUGAUGUGUCUGAGGAGGAUGGGCUGGUUAAUAAGUUUGGGAGUAGGCAGCUUUGUUUUACGGAAUUGAGGACUUUGAUGGUUGCUACUGACUGGGCUAAUCAGUUGGCCAUGGCUGAUCUUGCUAUUGCCGGUCAUGCAAGAGCACUACUGGAAUGGCACAAGACAUCUCGCUUCUGUGGAAGUUGUGGAGAAAAAACAGUCCCUAUGGAAGCAGGGAGAAGAAAGCAGUGUUCAAGUGAAGCAUGCAAAAAAAGGGUUUAUCCUCGAGUUGAUCCGGUUGUCAUUAUGUUAGUCAUAGAUAAACAGAAUGACCGUGCACUUUUAAGUAGACAAUCGAGAUUUGUGCCACGAAUGUGGAGUUGUCUUGCUGGUUUUAUAGAGCCAGGAGAAAGUUUGGAAGAAGCUGUUAGGAGAGAAACAUGGGAAGAGACUGGCAUUGAAGUUGGAGAAGUUAUAUAUCAUAGCUCUCAACCAUGGCCAGUUGGACCUAGUAGCAUGCCAUGCCAGUUGAUGGUGGGAUUCUUUGCAUAUGCUAAAUCACUUGAAAUAAAUGUGGACAAAGAAGAGUUGGAAGAUGCUAAAUGGCACAGUCGAGAAGACAUAAAGAAAGCAUUGACUUUUGCUGAGUAUGAGAAGGCACAGAAGACUGCAGCAAUGAAAGUGAAUCAAAUGUGCAAGGGAGUCGAGAGAAGCCAGAGUCUCUCUGCAGACUUCAAUGUGGAAAGUGGAGAGCUCGCUCCCAUGUUUGUCCCUGGACCCUAUGCCAUUGCUCAUCACCUCAUCGCUUCCUGGGCGAAUGGAGGUGGAGAAAUUAGUGUUGAAGCACAAGCAAAACAACUUACUUCUUCCUUGUCAAAUUUGUAGCUGGGACCAUAAGGCGUUUCAACCAUGGUGAAGGUUAAUCUUGUUUAAAUUUACAAGAAUGGUUUUUUCAAUGUACUGUACUGGAUUUUAAAUACACAAGGAGGGGGAGUGAUGAUUUCAAGUCAUGGCCAUUUUGGUCACAGGGAGCGAAGUAGGGAAAUGGUCCUUGCCUCUGUCCUCUAUGUAAAUUUAUAAAAAGAUUACCAGCUUGUAAGAUAUAUACCAUGUUUAUGUAUUACUUUCGUCAUAAUACUGGAAUCAUGUUAGUUAUUAACCUCAUCUUCCAGUUUAAUUGUAAGAAAUUUUAUCUGUGUAUAAGAAUCUUAUAAAAUAAGACUCUUUUAAGA